AUGACCAGUCGCUCUCAAAAAGCCACCGAGGAACCGUAUGUCGAAGCAUUUUCCAAGGCGCCUGGUUUCGUUGUGCAAGAAUAUCACUCUACGAAGGAAGAGACAUGGAGCCCUGAUCUUGCAUGUUUCGGCUAUUCCAACGUCAACGUGCAUAACUCGCUAGGCAUUGUCAAGAAACUAGAGGACCUGGAGCUGGGCAGCAGUCCUCGACCGUCGCAGAAGCAGAAAAAUGUGACGCUGUGCCAGGCGGCCUACGAGAUCUACAAGUCUGUGCUGAAACUCCUGCCAUGUUCAGCUUGUGUGAGAGACCUGGUCAAUGUCUUCUUCGACGAGGUCAACUGGCAGUAUACCAUCCUAGAUAGAAACCAUUUCACGACCAAACUGGAGGAUUACUACCAUCAUCACACCUCGCCCCUUUAUCAGGCAGAAGGCACAUUUCCCUCGGAAAGGCUGGUGUUUUCAGCUCUCCUCUUUCAGGUCCUCGUGUGCGCCUUACAGUUCCUACCGGCUGGCCACUCUGAGAACCUCCACACUUUCUGUAUCAAAGGGAUUGCUGUGGAAGGAGAUGGACCGUCGGACGAUCCUGCAAUGCGGCUUUUGGGCCUGCUUCCAAAAGAUGUCAUCAACUUGGAUUAUAUAGCAGCACAGCUUCUGCGCACGGCAUGGCUCAAGAAUCGGGGGAUGAUUGUCGAAUCAUGGCAUGUCGUCGCGCAAGCGACCAUGAAUGCGCAAGAGAUAGGUCUCCAUCGCGACGACGGCAAACUAUACGCCAGUGAUGCAGAGAGUGCAUGUGAGGAGCUGUGGAACAUGGUGCUACGGCGUCGUCUGAUGGUGAACCUUUACCUCUGGGACAGUCAAAUGGGCAUGGUUUUGGGCAAGCCACUCAAUUUCAAGACCAAUGACUAUACCAUUGUUCCACCCACCGACUGCGACAUCCCAAGAAACCGCAAUUCCUCAGCCCCGUUUCAAAGAAGUGAUUACGAGAAACCGAAUACGUUCACAGUGCGAUUGCUCGAGUACCAUAUACAUAAACACCUCCCACAGAUCCGCGAAUUGGAGCUGGAAGGGCCGUACCCGCGAGAUUAUGGCAAGGUGGAACGUCUUCACCAAGGAGCCCUGGAGUAUAUCGCCAGCAUCCCCGCCAUUUACCGAUUCGAAAACCCAGACAGGUCCUUUGAUGGAGAGUUCCCGAUGCUGGCAUCACAACGGGAAUUCUUCUGUGCGACCAUUUGGCUCUUCAUCCUCCUGCUUCACCGGCCGUAUAUCUUUUCAAUCUCCAAGAGCCGCACCGAGAUCUUGAAAGCCGCCAUCCACAUGUUGGAUGCCCAGCAGCGAUUUUUUGACUCUCUAUCUCUCCAUCACUACAAAAUGUUCACACUCGCCUAUUUGAGCGUGGAGCCAUGCGUCUCGGUGUUGGCUGUCUUGAUUGCCUUCCCGCACGAAAAUGCACAGUUGGUCCCAGAAGCAUUCAGAUGCAUACGGGAGUCGCUUUUCAGACUGAACACGAUCCGCAACACAAAUAAAGUUGCUGGCCAGGUCCGAGAUCAGACGCUCACUCCUCGGAGCUAUUUGUGA